AUGGAUGUCCGCCGGUGUCAUGUCUCGCCCAUUCAUUCUCGCCAGUCAGGACGGAGGGAGGUUCGCCAUUUCAAGCAUCGAAUCAUCAAGCACAUAAAAAAAUUCGCGACCAUCGACCACUGUCUUUUCAUCGUCGAGGGCAAGCUUCAAGUCGAGCUACAAGGCUCAUCGGGUGUGAAUGAGCUUCACGACGGUGAGACGGUGGUUAUCUCGGCUGGUCAAAGCUUCAAGUUGGACUUUGCAUCAGCCUUUGUCAAGUUCUUUUCAGUCGAAAAUGGUCGGGGCAUUGAGACCUUGAUCCAGGAUUCUGGCAAACCAUUUGAGGGCAUGGUUCUGCCGGAUAAGGCUGGGGAGCUAGACUCUGCUGCGCUUGCUCGCGUUGCCAAGGAGAUUAAUGCUACCAUUGAGUAG